AUGGCAUUAGAAGUUCUUGUCGUUCGUUUAUUUGAAAUUGCAAUUCUUCUUGGCGUUUUCACGAUUGCAAUAUUCGCCGGAUUGUUUCUUGUUCUCCUGAAGGGCAGUUUGCUGGCGUUAAGCUUUUUGAUGAGCCCAUCAUUUACGGUUUUAUCAUUUUUGGUGUCAACAGCUCUGACAGUUGUAAGCUGGAGUAUAAUUCAACUACUCAAAGGAUUUGUUGGAUUUGGAAUUGGAAUGAUUAAAUCAUAA